UAGGGGUCACGUUAUUUUAAAACCCACCACAAAACCUGCGGAAGAAAACACGAGACAAACGACUGCAUUGCAGAUACCUGCAAACCCUAGAUUAAAUUUUUUUGGUUUCUCCAUGGCUGCCUCUCUGCUUAACAUUUCCGUCAACUGCUCCACUCCUCGACUUGACGGAGCUUCUUCUGUCAAAGCAUCUCACAAUGUUAAUGCGUUGACGCUUUCUGUCAAGCUGCCGGCUCUGCCUGUCAACGGGGCGUCACAAAAGAAAUGUGCGCAGGCCCAGAAAAAUUUGUACAUUGGAGGUCAUAGGAACACCAAAAGGGUGGUUGUUACAGCUACGGGAGAGUCAGCUGAGCCAGGAACUAAUGUUGAUGAUAUAUUGAAGAGCGUUCAGGAAGUUUGGAACAAGGUGGAGGAUAAGUAUGCUAUUGUUGGACUGGGACUUACAGCUACAAUAGCCCUUUGGGGAUCAACUGGCUUGAUUGGGGCAAUCGAUAAAUUGCCAUUCAUCCCAAGCGUUUUUGAACUUGUUGGAAUCACUUACACAGCAUGGUUUACGUAUCGGAAUCUGCUAUUCAAACCAGAUAGGGAGGCCUUACUCAAGAAAAUUCAGGAGAAUUUCGAUCAGAUAACUGGAAGCAAAUGAGGCAAAAGUGGAUAUGAUUACCAUGUGCUCUGUUUUAUGCGGGAGCACAUUCCUCUAUAAUUACCGGAGAUGUUUUUUCCCCAUGAAACUGCCAGAAGGCAUCUUACAAUUCUUGAGCAGCUUCCACAGAUGGAUAUGCAUCAGAACAAGAGGAAGCUGUUCAUAAUAAGAAGCCUGACAGCAAUUCAAUUCAUGUAUUAAUCUUUCUUAUUAUAAUUUAGUCAUCUCUGCAGACAUUUACUCUGCCAAACAAAGAUGUUAGUAGCACCAUGCGCGAAAUUGGCUGAGUAAACUUUUAACACAAAACUCCUAGGCCCAGAUAGAGCAAAGAAUCAAGGUUCCUCAACGUUUGUUUCCAAUGCGUUUCUAGUCAAAGCAAGGAUGGCAAGCAUCAUUGGAAAGAAGAUUGUUUUUCAAGAUUUUAGCACCUUUUUUCUUGUAUGAAUACACGUCCUGUUACUAAAGCUAUCAUGAUUAUGGCAACGGAAUCACGAGUUCUAUGUACGAAAAAAUCCUGAUAGUGUCAUAAAUUACAUUUCUUAUAUACUAGGGGUUAUGAAAAGAGGCUGAAGUGAAUCAACUACGGCAGUUAUACGUUCCCAUAGUAAUUAAGGUCAUACUCCCUUCUGUGUUUGGGACAUUGGUUCACAAUAUCUGGUGACUGCUUUGGAGUUACACAUGUUAAUCUGUCCCACUCCACCUCCACCUCCCAUUUCCAAAACAGCUUCUUUGCUUCCACUAAUGUUGCUUUUUUGGGUAUUUUUAGUGCCUGCAUGCAGGCAGAUUACUUUUGCAGCUGCUGGGUGAAAAUAAUUCCAAUAGAUCAUCCAACAAUAAACAAAAAUUAAACA